GGGGGGGUGCCUGGCGGCGCAGCAGCGCAGGAGGCGGGGAGAGGCGGCGAAGGGCGAAGGAGCAUCUCUCAGAAGGGGACGCCGCUGCGAGCMAAAUGUCUGAGAGCCAGCCGCGCCUUUUCUCGGACCCUCGCGGAGGGCUACUGUGAUGCUAUAGAACUGGUAGGAGCGACUCGCUGCCGCCGCUCUCUCGGUUCUUGGAGACCCCCAGCGCCCGCCUUCUGCAGGGAACGACCAUGACUGUAGCUCGUGACUUAUCUGCCGGCCACUUCCCGUAGAAAGAAAUACUGGAAAAAGUUGCAUUAUCAGAAAUCCGUGUGCUGACCUUUGGGGCUGUGGGGGCCGAAGCAGUGUGCGUGCCUGUGCAAGCAAGAAAGCAAAAGGUGUGUGUGUAUGGGGGGCCGCGGUGGGGGCACCCUCCGCUGCCACUGURCCUAACGUUAUACUGAGGCUCCGGCCCCCAUCCUUGGGACGCCGGGGCUGCGAUGAACCCCUGCGGGCAGGCCCGGCGACACACGUCCAGAGGGGCCAUGGCCAUACUGGCGUGGAAGUUCCCGCGUACCCGGCUGCCGGUGGGAGCCAGUGCCCUCUGCGUUGUGGUCCUCUGUUGGCUCUACAUCUUCCCAGUCUACCGGCUGCCCAACGAAAAGGAGAUCGUGCAGGGGGUGCUGCAACAGGGCACAGCGUGGAGGAGGAACCAGACAGCAGCCAGAGUCUUCAGGAAACAAAUGGAAGACUGCUGUGACCCCGCCCAUCUCUUUGCUAUGACUAAAAUGAAUUCCCCCAUGGGGAAGAGCAUGUGGUACGAUGGGGAAUUUUUAUACUCAUUCACCAUUGACAACUCAACGUAUUCUCUCUUUCCCCAGGCAACCCCAUUCCAGCUGCCAUUGAAGAAAUGCGCGGUGGUGGGAAAUGGUGGGAUUCUGAAGAAGAGUGGCUGUGGCCGUCAAAUAGAUGAAGCAAAUUUUGUCAUGCGAUGCAAUCUUCCUCCCUUGUCAAGUGAAUACACUAAAGAUGUUGGAUCCAAAAGUCAUUUAGUGACAGCUAAUCCCAGCAUAAUUCGGCAAAGGUUUCAGAACCUGCUAUGGUCCAGAAAGACAUUUGUGGACAACAUGAAAAUCUAUAACCACAGUUACAUCUACAUGCCUGCCUUUUCUAUGAAGACGGGAACAGAGCCAUCUCUCCGGGUUUAUUACACACUGUCAGAUGUUGGUGCCAAUCAAACAGUGCUUUUUGCCAACCCCAACUUUCUUCGUAGCAUUGGAAAGUUCUGGAAAAGUAGGGGAAUCCAUGCCAAGCGCCUGUCCACAGGACUCUUCCUGGUGAGUGCAGCCCUGGGCCUCUGUGAAGAGGUGGCCAUCUAUGGCUUCUGGCCCUUCUCUGUGAAUAUGCAUGAGCAGCCCAUCAGCCACCACUACUAUGACAACGUCUUGCCCUUCUCUGGCUUCCAUGCCAUGCCUGAGGAAUUUCUCCAACUCUGGUAUCUUCAUAAAAUCGGUGCACUGCGAAUGCAGCUGGACCCAUGUGAGGAGCCCUCGCUCCAGCCCACUUCCUAGGGACGGUGGAAGGAGAGAGAGGACUGAGCCAGGGUCUUUUUGUUAGGUUUUCUAUGUGACUCCAAAGGAGAAUGGUCAAGUUUUUCAUGGAUUUGCAUGGGCCACUUGGAAAAAGAAGAGAAGAACGACAAAAACCCAAGCAAAACUCUACUUUUAAUGACAGCUUGGAGGACAAAGAAGAAACGAAACAUCCUGUGAAACGUCCUACAGCACAGGGUGAAUUUACAACUCAUAAAAUGCCGAUGAAAUGACAUUGGUAAAGCACAUAUGCGUGGUUCAUAUCUAGAAGAUGCAAUUCAAAAAAUAAGAUGAAUGCUAGUUGUUGAGGCUACGGAACUAAUCAAGGAGGAAUAAAGGAAAUGCCAGGGCAAAAGUGUUGCUGGCUCAUAAUAAUUUUAAAAGACCUGUCUUAUUAAGACUAGCAUUAGGACUGUAGGUUUUUAAAGAUUAUUAUUUAUUUUUUGCCCUGUUUAGGGGCAGUGGGUAGGUGAUGGGGUAGAUUUAAAAAAUCCCUUAUUGAGUAAUAAGGAUACAAAAUGCUGUAACUGAUUAU